AUGGCCAUGCCAUUACGUCCUUCCGCUCAGGCCCCUUCUUCCCGUUUGCAGGAAAUUAUCCCCGGGUCAGAACGAAUUGAAGAGCUUUCAGACGAAGAGCUUGGAAGCGAUUACGAGGAUAUGGGGACUGCUACUGAGGAAGAGCAAGCAAACAUCGCUUACCUAGAGAGUAUCAGGGUACCGAUCAAAGAUUCACUCGUGACGGAAACGUCAGAGACCGAUUAUGAAACGGCCAAAAAUAUCUUACCUUAUUUGGAGGGCAACCCGAACGAUUUUUCAUUGAAUACUUUCGGCAUACCAAACUUGCAACGACCAAAACACGAUGACUUCUUGAGAGGACAGCUUGGUGAUUAUCCAGCACGCGCUGCUGGAUUGGACGCUGCACGACCAUGGCUCUUGUACUGGUCUUUGCAAGGCUUGACCGCGAUGGGCUCUGACAUAACUAGCUACGACAAAACAGUACCGCAUACGUUUUCUCUGGCUCAACAUCCAGACGGAGGAUUUGGGGGUGGCUAUGGCCAGUAUGCUCAUCUUGCUUGCACGUAUGCUGCAGUACUGUCACUCGCCACAGUCGGUGGGGCCCAGGCGUACGACACCAUCAAUCGCAAAGCUCUCUGGCAUUUUCUGGGCAGGAUGAAGCAGGCCGACGGAGGUUUUACCAUGUGCCAGGGCGGCGAGGAAGACAUCCGAGGCGCCUUCUGCGCCAUGGUCGUGCUGUCUCUUACCAACCUCCCUCUUGAGCUCCCUCCUGAUGCACCAGUACGUAAACAAGGCUUUACCAACUUCACAGACGGCCUCGGCGAUUGGAUUUCGAAAUGCCAAUCUUGGGACGGCGGUAUCUCAGCGACGCCUGGUAAUGAGGCCCAUGGAGCCUACGCAUUCUGCGGCCUGGGAUGCCUUGCUGUACUCGGACCACCAAAGGAGACAUUACACAAGUACCUGGACGUCAAUCUUUUGAUCUAUUGGUUGUCAGCACGGCAAUGUACACCAGAAGGUGGAUACAACGGUCGCACAAACAAGCUCGUUGACGGCUGCUACUCUCAGUGGGUCGGAGGCUGUUGGUCCAUUGUCGAGGCCGCAACUACUAAAGGACUCUGGAAUCGGGGAGCACUUGGACGUUACAUCCUAGCCGCAUGUCAAGAGAAGAAGGGCGGCUUAAGGGAUAAGCCUGGAAAGGGCCCUGACGCAUACCACACAUGUUACAAUUUGGCUGGACUCAGUGCAGCACAGCACAAGUAUGUCUACGACGAAAACGUAAACAAGACUUUGGGUACCGGCAACUACGGCGCGCCUUUCCACUGGAAGACAGAGGGACGUUACGAUGGUGAGGAUGUCGUUUGGGACGAGGCCGAUGCUUUGAGAGCAGUGCAUCCGGUGUUCGUCAUUCCUUUUAUGGCGGUGUAUGAGACGCGAAAAUAUUUUGAAGAUAAAGAGGGUUUCUGA